AUGGAAGGAUCUUCUUCAAGAGGUAAUCAGAAUAGUGAGAACAAAGAUGAGAUGGGGAAGAAGAGGGGAUCACGGUCGCGAUGUGAUCAAAACCGGUACUGUGCAUUCCGGUGGCGCCCCUGGGGCAAGUUUGCGGCUGAGAUCCGGGACCCCUUGAGGAACGGCACCCGCCUCUGGCUCAGGACCUUUGAGACUGCGGAGGAGCCGUUCGUCAUCAUCCGCUGUGUCAGCUCUACCGAGCCUUCCAGAGACAUGAUCGAGUUCGAGUAUCUGGACCAUAAGUUGUUGGAGGAACUACUGAUGUCGCACAGCGACAUGUAG